UUAAACUGAAGGCGGGAGCUGCGCGCCGGGUUAAAAGACGAACGGAGAUGUCUGUUUCUUUGCUUGUGACUUUAUAACAUAGCAGCAGUGUUGCAGUCCAUGCCAUUCUGUUCAUACACGUUUUCACAGUAAUUCGGCGGGCCUUCUGUGACUCAUACCGGGCUGGGGGCUGACCUCCCCAGUCACAUCACGCGACUCUUCAUCAGUUUGCCGCCAUGCUCCAGACCAGUAGUGAUGACUUGUUCCUGCCUUCCUACCAAGAUGAGGCACUGAUGGACAACCUGCUGUUCAGUGAAGAGUCAGGAAACAGCAGUGGAGGGGGGCUCUCCCUGGCCAAGGCCCUGCUCCCUCUGGUGGAGCCCUCCUCCCCAGACCUCGCCCCCUGGGUCUGCUCCACCCGCUACAAGACAGAGCUCUGCACCAGCUACUCUGCUACUGGUUUCUGCAAAUAUGCUGAGCGCUGCCAGUUCGCCCAUGGCCUCCAUGAGCUCCAUGUUCCCUACCGCCACCCAAAGUACAAAACGGAGUUGUGUCGCAGCUACCACACUACUGGCUACUGCUACUAUGGCAGCCGUUGCCUGUUUGUCCACAGUCCCUCCGAACAGCGUCCUGCCCUACGUCGGCGCAGGAAUGUCCCCUGUCGUGCCUUCGGCUCAUUCGGCGUUUGUCCUUUUGGCACUCGCUGUAACUUCCUGCAUGUUGAGAGGGAAGAUGUCUGGGGUAGUGAGGAGUCUCCUGAUGUGGGUGAGAAGACUCGAUCUGCUGCCAACCCCCCUCCCAAACCAGAGACCACAGAAUGGAUGUGCCGCUCCUUCCGUUCCUUUGGAGUCUGCCCCUAUGGCAAUCGCUGUAACUUCCUGCACAUCAACGGUGAAGAUGUCAGUGGUGGGGUGGAUUGUCCCGACACUGGCAAGAAGGCUCGGUCUGUUGCCAACCCCCAACUCCGGCCACAGAUCAAGGACUGGAAUCCUCAAAGAGCUUUGUGCCGCACCUUCAACGCCUUUGGUUUCUGCUUGUAUGGCACACGCUGUCGCUUCCAGCACAACCUCCCCAGCAAGAUUAAAACCUGUGACCAGACCCAAGGAGGGUUCUUCUACCCUCAGCUGUCUCUAGGCAAUUUGGCUUUACAGUCCCCCACAUCCCCCUUUGCCUCUACUUCACCAAACUCUUCAACCUCCUCCUCUCCUCUCGCCACCCCACCUGCAGAGACUAUGGCCCACAAUGCCUUCUCCAGCCAGCACCUGAGUGACCUGCUGCUGCCGUUGGCUCUCCACCUGCAGCAGAUGGAGAGCAGCAAGGCCCAGGAGAUCUGGGACAGGAGGGCACUUUAACUAGAUGUUCACUGUUAGACCGGCAUCAGCACCAAACACCAGAGCUCAGUUAAUUUUUUUUUAUUUUUUUAUUUUUAUUUUUUUUUAAAUGUGCUCUUCCCCUGUAACGUAUAUAAUUUUAGUUGAGGUUGUUUGACUUGCUUGUCAGCCGGUCAAGCAAGUCUUGAACUGUUCAGUCAUGGGUUUGUCUAGAAUAGUUCUGGACAGGAUGUCAGUGGUUUCCUGAAUCACUACAGGUGCAGCUAUGAGUGUAAUUUAAUGUUUUUAACUAUUGUACAUAACAGUAGCUCAUCAAGGAACUGAGUAAGUGGAAGUUGCAUCAGGAAUAAACUAAUUUUAAUCGAA